CAAGUUUAAAAUUAAACUAUGGUGACUUUAUGAUUCUAACGGCCAUCUAGCAGAAGCUUUGCUAAAUAUAGCUUAAUAGGUGUACGAUAAACUAUAAGUACCUUAUAUAGCUAACCACUGUUAUGUUAACACAUACUUCAGAUAUAUCAUUUUCUCGUAAUUCUCUGUAACAAAGCUACCUUUUAUAGAAAGUUAACCAGCUACCAUAUUCUAUCUUGCCAAUUGAUGUUUUGUAUGAAGUAAAUCGUACAGUAUCAAGGAAAAAAAAGGUACAGUCAAAAAAAAAAAUUGUAUGUGAAAUAAAUUUCUGAUGAGCAGAAGAGAUAACAACCUUGAUUCAAGCAUUAUUCGAAAGAAUGCCAGCUAAAACCUUACAAGAGACAUACGAUGAGAUAGAUUCGGAAUCUGGUAAUAUAGCCGACUCAAAGAUCAAUUAUCAAGACGCUAUUGAUUAUUGGUCAUCAGUUCCAGCUUCUGUUAAUGGGGUACUUGGAGGAUUUGGUGAACAAACACCAGUACCAAAGGCUGAUAUUGUCGGGUCUACUUCUUUUUUAAGAAAAUUACAAACGAGAAUGAGUUGUCCUGAAGGUACUGAAAAGUUGACCAUUGACAUGGGUGCAGGUAUAGGUAGAAUAACUCGUGAUUUAUUAUGGAAAGUAAGUGAUAAAGUUGAUUUAUUAGAACCAGUUAAACCAUUUGUGCAACAAAUGCAUCAAGAAUUAAUCCAAGUUUCUAAAAGAGGUAAACUAGGUGAUAUAUAUGACAUAGGUAUGCAAGAAUGGUAUCCUCCUGCCGAUAAGAAGUACUGGUUAGUAUGGUGUCAAUGGUGUGUAGGUCAAUUACCAGAUGAUGAAUUAGUACAAUUCUGGUCAAGAUGUCGAGAAUCAUUAUUAGAAGGAGGACUCGGUACUAUGAUUGUUAAGGAAAAUAUAGCACCAUAUGAUGAUAUAUUUGAUGAUACUGAUUCAUCAGUAACUAGAACUGAUGAAAAAUUUAGACAAUUAUUCAUUCAAGCAGGUUUUAAAUUGAUUGCUAGUGAUGUUCAAAAGGGAAUGCCAAAGGAAUUAUUUCCAGUUAGAAUGUAUUGCUUAAAACCAUUGUAGAGGAGAAGGUAUUAACUUUCCAGUGUAACAUAAUAGAUAUAAUAAAAUAAAAUUCUCAUAGAUAAAAAUAAUUUCGCACAAGACUUGUAAAAAUUAGCUGAGUUGCAAAAAUAUUAUGAAAAUAACAUAAAAUUAAGGAAAGUGUAAUAAUUAACGU